AUGUGGGGUCUGCAACCAAUUUUGAAAGCCCUUCCAGCGUGGUGGCGUUUUCUUCAGUGCCUUCGACGAUAUCGGGAUUUGAGCGUCAAAUCGCCUGUGCCACAUCUCAUGAAUGCCGGCAAAUACUCCACCACCCUCAUUGCCAUUUUAUUUUCUGCCAUAUCCAGUGUCGUUCCCAGUAAGUUCCACCUAUCUUGA